AUGAAUACACUGCCCAACAUGCAAGAAAAUUCAGUCACUGCUGGGAGCUCCAGUGAAAUAAAACGCAGGAGAAAACUCCCACCCCCUUCAUUUACCUCUUCAAAAACUUCAGAGUCUUCAAACAAUCAAUCAUCUUCACAUCAGGGACGGAAACGUGCCAGGCCACAUGUUGAUGGUGAUUGGCCAACACACAUCUACAUUUCAUUUAAAUUCCAGACCAAAACCAUUGAACUCCUCAAUAAAAUAGUGGCAAAGCUAGCUCAGGAAGACACGUCAAAGGCCUGGCAUCUAUUAACAGAAGGAAACAUGAAAGAUUCUUCUCUCCAUCUAUCACUCUCACGUCCAGCAUUUCUAAAGACCAAUGAGAGGGAUGAGUUCAUAGAGGAUUUGAAAAAAAGUGUUAGGGGAACCAAAUUGUUUGAAAUGAAUUUUUCCAACUUUUCAGCUUUAGUCAAUGAUGAAUGCACAAGAGGAUUUCUGGCUUUGGAGGUUGGGAAAGGACAUUCAUUGUUAUGCGAUCUGCUGGCACCCAUUGACAAGCCCUUCCAAGGCUGA